UUUUAGUGCAGAUAAUUUUAGCAUGUAAAAAAGCCAAAUGAAUUUUCUGAAGCCAACCAAAUUGGGGAAAAAAAGCCAGUUUUUUGGAAUUUGACUUAGAAAAGGCCAAUCUGGUAACUCUGAUUUUGGGGGUGCAACAGUGUUGGGACGGUGUAGUUGGGCAUAAGGACAAACAAACGUGCAACUCCCAUACUCGAAAGGCGGGGCCGGGAUGUGAAUGGCAGAAACCUCCGCCAAUAGCAAGGCAGUGCUGGCUCUGAGUGACGUGUGGUGGACGGGCCCGCCGGCAGCGGAAGCGGAAGGCAGAGACCGGGAGCAGCCGACCCGAGGAGUGGCGGUAGAUGGCGGCGCGGUUAGCGACCGUGUCCCGAACGAGAGCCCGGGGCCGCGAUCGAUGCCUUGGGACGCAGCAGGCCGCUUGGGACAGCAUCCCCACGAAAUCAUGUGGGGAAGAUUUCCUCUCCUCCAGCCUACCUGACCUCGCCAUCACAGGGUUGGACACUGGGGAGAUUCUGGGAGCUUUCCACAGUUAUGUCGAUCAGACCAUAAUCUCCAUCAUUGAGGACUCCUCAUCAGCAGAGAGUAAAUGCCCAUUAGAUGAGGAGAGUGAAGCAACGUUACUGACGGCCCUCACUGAGAUUCUAGACACUGUCGAUGAUGAGAAUCCCUCUCCGUUUGACACACUUCCUGACAAUGAGCUGUUUGCCUCGCCAAAGGGUGUCCGUGAGGGGCCGCUGAGGGUAGGGAGAUGCUCGUGGGCCUCGUUCCCAGACUCUGAGAAGGACCUCUUCAAAUGUGUGGACGCGGCCGUUCCUCAGGAUGUCUCGUGGAGUUCUGAGAAGACUGCCGAUGAAGACUGCUUUGGGGUGGAGAGUUUGUCAGACCACACUGGUGACACAAUUAAUGAUAUUGCAGAUGUAUCCAAACCUGCCAUUGAAAUCCUGGACCUGCAGCUGGAUGAACAGUUGGAUCCUGUUGGCUUCGAGGACAGUGUGACGCUUGUCUUUGACCAGAACUCUCCUUGCGUCAUCAAUGUCGAGCACGUUUCCCUGUCUGACCUGGUCAAGUAUGUUCACCCUUAUUGCCUGCCCUCGGAGGACAGCACAGACUCCCCAACCAAAGCUGUCAAGUUGGAUGUUGAGCUGGUCCAAGGGGGAGAGUUGCUGGAUCUGGAAUGUCCGGCAACCUUGUGUGAAAGCCCCCAGCGUCCUUCUGGCACACCACUCUCCACAGCUGGUGAGAGGCCUGUAGCAGCCGGAGACCCUGCCCCAGAUGUUCUGCCUCACUCCCCGCUGGGUCAGACUGUUGUUCCUGUAACCUCCCCAGAGCAGGAGCAGCCACCGGCCCCGGUGAGAAAGAGAGGACGGCCGAGGAAAGUGUCCAAACCGGAGGAGAGGGCAGCAGUGGGAAUGCAGCGGGGCCGAACUGAGGGCCCUGUCACACGCUCCAGUCUGCGGCGGCAAUUACAACCUGAGUCCCAGGACCAGGCUCAGCCUGUGGGGACUAAGGGACCACAGAUCAGGCUGAGAGCACGGGGCAGGAGGGACCUGGGCGCUGAGCCUGGGUUCAGGCUCCAAGGGGGCAGCAGGGCAGGGACUGGGGCUGUAGGUGUCCAUCCUGGGUCAGAGGGAGGAAUGGACAGCCAGGAGGGAGCAGCAGUUUCAGCCGAUGGUUUUGUUUCCACCUCCUAUGUGGCCCCUCACUCUGUCACGCAUCCUGUCUCUCCGCUGGAUCCCUCUCCUGAUCCUUCUCCCUCUGCCUCCAUGGUUUCCAACCCUCCUGCCUCCAUCUCUGUACCUUCCCCACCCUCCAGUACCCCUCCUGUCUCCCCACCAGCCUCCCCUCCUAAACCUACCUCUUUUUCCCCACUGGCCUCCCCUCAUAAACCCUCUCCCACUGUCUCCCCACUGGCCUCCUCUCCCUCUGUCUCCCCACUGACCUCCUCUCCCUCUGUCUCCCCACUGACCUCCUCUCCCUCUGUCUCCCCACUGGCCUCCUCUCCCUCUGUCUCCCCACUGGCCUCCUCUCCCUCUGUCUCCCCACUGGCCUCCUCUCCCUCUGUCUCCCCACUAGCUUCCCUUCCUGAAUCCUCUCCCACUGGCUCUCUACUGGCCUCUCCUCAUAAAUCCUCUCCCACUGGCUCUCUACUAGCCUCUCCUCAUAAACCCUCUCCCUCUGUCUCCCCACUGGCCUCCCCUCCUAAACCCUCUUCCUCUGUCUCCACUUUGUCUGUCUCUGUACGGUCCAAUCCCCCUGCCUCCAGCUCAGUAGCUUCCGCACCCUCCAACACCCCUCCCUCUGUACCUUGUCCUUCUCUCUCCCCACCAGCCUCCCCCCCUGAAUCCUCUCCCUCAGUCUCCACACCAGCCUCCCCUUCUGACCCUUCUCCCUCUGCGUACCCUUCAUCUGUCUCAACAAACUCCAAUCCCCCUGCCUCUGGCUCCAUAGCUUCCCCUCCCUCUGUCUCUCCACUCUCCAUCCAGCCUCCCUCCAUACAAGCUGCUUCCCCUCCUACCACUCUCUCUCCAGCGGUCAAUGAACCCCGCCUGCGCCCGAUUAGCCUGGAGCAGUACCGGCAGCGGCAACGAGCAGGGGUCUCCUCUGGGCCCCGGGACCCCCGUCCUGCGUCUGGGCCCAGCCCUGGAGCCUGGCCUGUCGUCCCCAUCACUUCCAUUGUCCAGGGUGAGCUCAGUGUCCUGCCACUGGACAACCUGGGAUCUCCCUCGGCGCCACCAGCUGUCCCAAAGGGGCAGGGGCUAGGCCACAGACCCGUACUCCUGCCCCACAGUCAGCCCACAGCACGCUGGGCUCCAUCGCCUACACACAGCCCCUCCCAAGCCCCUGACACAGUCUCGGCCUUGCCCCAGGCACCCCCCUUACAUCCCUACCCAGGUUCUGUUGCAGGACCAGCCCAGAUGGGGUGGGGCCAGACACGACAGGCGCAGAAGCCGAGUCUGUGCCAGACACCUGGUCCGGGGCAGACACCCAGCCCGGCCCAGAUGGGAUGGAGACAAACACUGGGCCUGGUGCAAACGGGGCAGGCCCAUACACAACAGUCCCUGAAACCAAGCCCUUGCCAGGCGCCCAGCGCAGCCCAGACAACUGCCCCUACCCGGGCAGGAUGGGUUCAGACAGCCAAUCCGAAACUGACACAGCAGGGCCAGACGCCCAGUUCAGCCCAGACACCCUCACUGGGAGUCACCGCAGUCCGUGGCCAAGUACUGAGUGUUCAGCAACCCAUUGCAGCCUUUCUCCCUGGUGGGGGUCCUGCCUCCAUGCAGGCUGGUGAGUACACAGUGACACAGGGUAAGCCAUUUCAUGCCCCAGUCCCUCCCCCCAAGGGGAUCCCAGCCUCUAUGCAGGCCGGUGUAUACACAGUGACACAGGGUAAACCAGGCCCUGUCCCAGCCCCUCUCCCUGAGGGGAGUCCAGCUUCAGUCCCUCUUCCCGGGGGAAAUCUAGCUUCCAUGCAGGCUGGUGUAUACACAGUGACGCCGGGCAAACCAAACCUUGCCUCAGCCCCUCUCCCCAAGGGAAAUCCAGCCUCAGUCCCUCUCCCUCAGGGGGGCCCAGCAUCUGUGCAGGCUGGUGUAUAUACAGUGACACAGGGUCAAACAAGCCCUGUCCCAGUCCCGCUCCCUGAGGGAAAUCCAGCCUCAGUGCAGGCCGGUGUACACACAGUGAUGCAGAGUAAACCAAACCCUGCCCCAGCCCCUCUCCCUGCGGGGAGUCCAGCUUUGGUGCAGACAGUGGCGCAGGGUAAACCAAGUCCUGCCCCAGCCCCUCUCCCUGCGGGGAGUCCAGCUUUGGUGCAGACAGUGGUGCAGGGUAAACCAAGUCCUGCCCCAGCCCCUGUCCCUGCGGGGAGUCCAGCUUUGGUGCAGACAGUGGCGCAGGGUAAACCAAGUCCUGCCCCAGCCCCUCUCCCUGUGGGGAGUCGAGCUUUGGUGCACGCCAGUGCCUACACAGUGAUGCAAACUAAACCAAGCCCUGCCCCAGCCCCUCUCCCUGAGAGGAGUCCAGCUUCCGUGCAGACAGUGGUGCAGGGUAAACCAAGUCCUGCCCCAGCCCCUCUCCCUGCGGGGAGUCCAGCUUUGGUGCAGACAGUGGCGCAGGGUAAACCAAGUCCUGCCCCAGCCCCUCUCCCUGCGGGGAGUCCAGCUUUGGUGCAGACAGUGGUGCAGGGUAAACCAAGUCCUGCCCCAGCCCCUCUCCCUGUGGGGAGUCGAGCUUUGGUGCACGCCAGUGCCUACACAGUAAUGCAAACUAAACCAAGCCCUGCCCCAGCCCUUCUCCCUGAGAGGAGUCCAGCUUCAGUGCAGAUAGUGGCGCAGGGUAAACCAGCCCCUCCAGCUUUGAUGCAAGCUGGUGCCUACACAGUAACUCCAGCUAAACCAAGUCCUGCCCCAGCCCCUCUCUCUGAGGGAAAUCUAGCUUCAGUCUCUCUCUCGGGGGGAAAUCUAGCUUUGGUGCAGGCUGCUGUACACACAGUGACACAGGGUAAACCAGGCCCUGCUCCAGCCUGUCUUCCCAAGGGGGAUACAGCCUCUGUGGCGGAGAACUCUCUGGCACUGCUGCACCGGUCCGUACCCAUGCAGCAACAGUGCAGCAGGACAGCUGAUGCAGAGGAGAUCGUACAGCAGCGCAGCCCCUCCCUGCAGGAAGUUCUGACAGAGGAUGGCGCUAAAGGUAUCGAGGCUGCAGAUCUGAUGAGCUUGUUGGAACAAUUUGAAGUGAAUGAGGUAAACGAACGGCCGUCACCUCCAGGCAACACUAGGGUGGCCGAGGCAGACGGCAAGGUCUUUCUGGAUCAGGUGAUCGGAGUAGAACUGGCGGGUACAGCUGGUUUGACGCCCCCGGCCACCCCACCUUACCAGCACUCACCAGCCGGUCACCAGCACCAGGGGGGCACCAGGCCCCUCCAGAGCUCUCCACCACAGACGCUGAGGGUCACCGAAGCCAAGCAUCCCGUGCAGAACAAGGGCAGCAAGUGCGUGGAAGCCCAGAGCCUGACCGGGACCUCGGCCACGCACGCGGGAACACAUUUCAUGACGACAACCACGGGUGUGGGAACACAAUCCGUGACCGGUACCUCAACCACAUAUGUGGGAACGCAGUCUAUGACAGGUAGCUUGACCACGUAUGUGGGAGCACAGUCUGCGACCGUGGCCUGGGUAGCCCGUGGGGGAACGCAGUCUGCGACCAGGGCCUCGGUAGCCCGUGAGGACGCACAGCCUGUAACCAGAGCCUCGGUCACACAGAUGGAUGUACAGUCUGGGACUACAACAUUAACCACAGAUGAAGAAGCACAGCCCAGCUCGCUGACCACGCAUGUGGGUGUGCAGUCUAUGAGCAGGACAGUGUCCACUCCGGCCCCAGUCUUUGGUGACCAUGAAUACUGCCUGCCCAGUGUUCCAUCUGGAUAUACUCUGCCACACAAGGCAAUCUCACCACCGGGAAUGAGGCCCAGUGUUGCCUGUCGUUGGAAUGUGAAGCGGCAAUCGAGUAUCAUCAUCAAACCCAUCACCUUAUUGAACCAUCGAGCCUCAAAGGUGCUACAGAAACAGGGAGAUGGGAGCUCGUGUGCUGUGCAGGAGCUGCCCAGGGAUGGGGUACCCUCUGCUGGAGCGAGAGAGGGCUCCAGGACUUGUUCCCGGAUGCUGGAGAGUGGGAGCAUUGGCCCAGAGGGAGAAACCUGGACUCUGUCCCCCAGUGGGACUGAAGAAUGCAGAGGAGAGCCCUCGGGUUCUGAAAGGGACUGCAACAGGACUCAAUCCUCCCCCUGCUAUCGUCGGCAAUACUCUAGCUCCUCCAGCUCCCGAUCCCGUUCUCGUUCUCGUUCUCAGUCUCGGUCUUGGUCCCCAGCCCGGAAGCGGAGACGGUACUACAGGAGGCGGUCUCGACAUUCCCGACACAGUUCCCGCUCAGAUUCCAGAUCCAGCUCGCGGUCCAGGUCGUUUUCCAGAUCCAAUUCACGAUCCACAUCUGGAUCCAGGUCGAGGUCUAGGUCUCCGCAGAGGUGUAGUGUCCGGAUGAGUUACUUCACAGAUGAGUUUGAUCCAUAUGAUGUGGGGCCAAGGGACAGAUAUCACUACUCGAGGCGACAGGCUCACGAACACAAGAUCAGUCGGAGGAGAGAGCUCGCCAUUUUCUGUCCACAGGAGGAGCGGCGAGUUGUUUAUGUGGGAAAAAUCCGGAAUGGCAUGAUGCGUGAGGAACUCCGGAGACGGUUCGAGGUCUUUGGGGAAAUCGAGGAUUGCAACAUUUACUUCAGAACUCAAGGGGAUAACUAUGGGUUUGUCACCUACCGAUACACGUGUGACGCUUUUGCUGCCAUCGAGAACGGACAGUCACUGCGCCGGCCCGAUGAACUGCCCUUUGACCUCUGUUUUGGUGGCCGACGACAGUUCUGUAAAACCAAUUACGCUGACCUGGAUUCCAGUCACAGUGAUGUCAGCUCCUACUCAAGCAAAAGCAAGUUUGAUUCUGUAGACUUUGACACUUUACUGAAGCAAGCCAAACGAAGCCUGCAGAGGUGACGCAGAGCCCUUGUGGGAGAAGAGGCGCUGACAGACCAGGACUGUGCUCCCUGCUGAUUCAUGCUGCUACUGGAGUUAUUCAGAUUUAUAUAAACUCAGGCUGCUGUGUGUCGCUCUGGAUGGUUAUGUCAUCGGGGAGUUGAACGGAGGAGCACCGAGUCAGGAAAACAAAAACCCACUUAAAAAAAUCUAA